GCGAGUGUGUUUGGUAUUUAGGUAUCGAUUGUCUGUCAGAGUCGCGUUAAUUCCACGCCAAAAAACGUUUUUAUUUCACGUUACGCUUGAGUUAGCGUGAAUUUUUGAAGUGAAUUUCGAAAAGCGUUUCGGACAUUUUGUUAAUCGUGGAUUGUGUGGGCAUAUAGUUGCCAAUUGACAUUUCAUAGGAAUUCGCCAUCUCAAUAAUGGAUCUCUAAAGUGCCUUUUAUAAAAAUAAAUAAAAAAAUUAUUUUAAUGAAAUUUAUAAAACAAAAAAAGUGUCGUUUGUUGUUUGAAAUGUGCGGGAAUAUCUGAAAAUUAAAAAAAAGUAACCGCAGUGAAUGAUUUCUAAAAGAUUUAACCUUUAAUGCAAACUGUGUGCUUCCGUAAGCCGUCGGUGUUUCAAGUGGAUUUUGUUUUAAAAACGAAUUUUAAAUUUUUGUUUGCUCUUUGCACCUACAAAACCGCUGUUCAGUCAAGAGAAUAACACCAGCCGAGAGCUCAUAAGAAAGAAUCGGAUCGCAAAUAAAUUAUCUGGUUGCUGUGGAAGAAUUCAACAUAAAUCGCCAUCGCGCUGAAAAUUUUUGGGAACCUUUGUAAAAGCAAUUUUAGUACUCACGCACACCGCAUAAUUAAAUAAAAAUAUCAAAAUCUACAACAAAAAAAAAAAUUGUCACCAAUAUUUCGCCCAUUUGGAUUAUGGGCAUAUCCGAGGACGUCAAACUGGACGACCUACCGCAAGAAGCGAAAUUAGCCCAUCAUCAGGAUGCCAUGCCUGAUCAUCGUUCGGCCUCGUGUAUUGUGACGACUGCCGGUGCGAGUGGCGGCACGAAUAGUCCUAUUUCGGAUGCGAAUAGCGAUGGGGAUUUAGAUGAUUAUGCACCGAAGCGUAAACAGCGGCGUUAUCGCACAACAUUCACCAGUUUCCAGUUGGAAGAGUUGGAGAAGGCGUUUUCACGUACACACUAUCCGGAUGUAUUUACGAGAGAGGAGUUGGCCAUGAAAAUUGGACUUACUGAGGCGCGUAUACAGGUCUGGUUUCAGAAUCGUCGCGCUAAGUGGCGUAAACAAGAGAAGGUUGGUCCGCAAUCACAUCCAUACAAUCCCUACUUACCCAGUGGGCCGGGCGCCAUGCAAGCCGUUGUCGGUCCAACGCUACCACCAAAUCCAUUCACACACCUGGGCUUCAAUUUGCGCAAACCAUUUGAUGGGCCCGCCAAUUUGGCCGCCUUCCGAUAUCCGCAUCUGUCGGCGGCACCAAUGUUGCCAUCUGGAUUUUAUAAUCAAUUUCAAAGAGCUCCACCCCAUCUCCUACCCAGCAUGGCUAGCAUGUACUCACCGGCCACAUCAUUCCAAACUCUCUUAGCUAACAUGACCGCUUGUCCACGUCCACCACCGGCCCCACCACAACUGACCAUCGCCGCCGCCAAGCCACCAAUGUUGAUUUCAUCACCCGAACUUCACUCACCAAACCACCUCAUGGCAUCACCGCCAAUAUCACCAACUUCCAUGACAAUGCAAUCGAUGGUGCCGCCACCACAGCUACCACCACCACCACCGCCCGCCGUCGUGGCACACUCCCAUGCCCAACAACAGCAGGGACAAUCAUCGCCUGUGGUCAGUAUGUCAAUGAUGCAUCAAGCACAACAACCGCCGCCAGUACCAGUAUCAACAAGUCACGGUCAUUCGCCGCUGCAUUUGGCACACUCACCACAACAUCAAUCGUCGUCGGCCGCGGCAUCUGCGGCUUCCUCAUCAGCAGCAGCAGCAGCUGCGGCCGCUGUGGCAGCCUCUUUAGUGCAAGUGCCACGGACUGGCACACCGCCGGAAGAUCGGCGCACCUCGUCUAUAGCGGCUCUGCGCUUAAAGGCGCGUGAGCACGAGCUCAAGUUGGAGUUGCUGCGUCAGAAUGGUCACGGCGAUGUGCUGAGCUAGUUAGCGCUGCAGUUGAUGCUUGUGAAAUGCUUCCAGCUUCCAGUUUGCUCAUGAAUGAGUGAGGAAAUAUUACCGUUGUAAACAUUCAACCAGUGAAAAUUCGUUAUGAUUUCGUGUCCUUCUUUGGUGUAAAAAAUUGUAUUAUAAUUUUAUUUAAAUUUUUGUUUUGUGUUUUAAUUGAUGUUCAUAAAGUUUGUUAUUAUUCAUCUGAUGAACGUAAGAUACAUGAAUAGCUAAAAAAUACUUAAAUUAUUAACAGUUACAUUAAAGUCCAAUACCAGUGCGCUCAAGGACCAGUUUUAUUUAAGUCACAAUGAAAAAUAAAAAUUAUACAA